AUGGCGCGAGGAGAGGCUUCUGGCAACCUCCUCCUCGGCCAUGUCAUUCCGAGUCUCAAAGCACUCGACCAGGUCAUCAACUCCGACGGCCCGCUUCCGUUUCCCAAGGAUAUGAGAAUCGAGCAGUCGACGAUGUAUGAUAUCCAGUGGUCCACGUCCAAGGAAUCCGGCAUCGAGGCCAGUGCGAAGGCAGACGUCCCCGUCGCGGCAGCAGCUGGUCUCUCGGUCCGAGGAGACGUGGCGCUCGAGUUCCAGAGAGGCGUCGGCGAUUCAUGGCAGUUCGACCAAGUGGACACACAGACCAUCAGGCCGACCAAGAACUACAUCCGACAGUGCCUCAAGACGCCACUGGUCGCGGCGCACAUCGAGAGAGUCAAGUUUCUGAACAAGUGGAAGCUGUUGAUGGUCUCGGGCAUCAUGAUUGCCAAGGGCGCCAGGACCGAACGAAGCGAGUCGAAGGGAAGAUUGGCUCACUUCAAGCCUGGGAUGAACAUGGCCGAAGUUGUCAGUGCCGAGAUUGGCGCUGGAGUCUCUCGAACAACCCAGUCGAGUCUCUCCGCGCAACACGAGAACGAUUUCAUCUGGGCAGUUCGUCUCACGGAGCUCUCCAAGAGCCCCUUUCGGUCGGAUGUCUCUGAAAGGGUCUUGACGAAAGGAGCAACUCUGGGGCUGGAUGACGACUUGCCAGAUAUCGAUUCCAUCGCUGACGCGGCGGGUGUGCUUGAUUAUCAUCAAAUCGAACAUGAGACAGCUGACGAAGGUCAGAGGAUCUAUUUCAUCCUUUCAACUGACGAGAAUGCGACUUAA